AUGGGUGUAGUAGGCACCCGUGGCGUGGGCAACACCAAGGUGCCCAGCCACACGGCCUACUAUGUGGCGAUAGGCGUUGUGGUGAUUCUAGUGCUGCUGGUCUUCUGCUACUUUCUCUACUUCUGUCUGCGAAGAGUCAAGGAGCUGUCACACCAAGAGUUCCAGGAGGUCCACUCCGUGCGGCCUCCACCGCCGCCGAUCUCCCCGACCGCCUACCCGGUGCAGCCAGGAGUUCGCGACAGUGCCACUGCCAUGGCGCUCCUUUGUCGUUCGCUACCACAGGACACUGUGUUCCCCACUUCACCAGCAUCACCCGCGAAAGGAGUGUCUGCCUUCUCCCCGGCUUCCUCUGUCCUCUUAGCUUCACCCAGUAGACUCCCAAUGUCACCCACAUCACCAAAUCGCAGGACGUUUGCGUAUUACACUUCGCCAAGACGUUCUUUGACCCCGACCUCGCCUAACUGCCACCGCAGGUCUCUGGGUUCGCCGAACAGGAUGCCGUUGUCUCCCACAUUCUCCAAUCAUAGAGGUCCCUUAUCCCCAUCACGUAAAGCUGCUACGGUUCCCGCGCGUCGCGUCAAGUCACCACACAAGCCUCCAGUCAUCAUAUUGUCUCCAGCGGAUCAUAACUCACCACCUUUGCCAGCGCCUACCGUGAUUUCCACGCGAUAA